AUGAUCUUUCCAUCAGACUCCUUCGGAUUUUCAGCUCUUCGAAGCAUUCGUCUGUUGCGAAUUUUCAAAUGCACCCGGUAUUGGGCUUCGCUGAGGAAUCUCAUGCUGUCGUUGCUUAACUCCAUGCGCAGCAUUGUCAGCCUCCUCUUCCUCCUCUUCCUCUUUAUGCUUAUAUUUGCUUUGCUUGGAAUGCAAUUGUUUGGCGGCGGCUUCGCGUUCGAGGAUGGACAACCGAGUCAACACUUUGACACCUUUGCAAAAGCUCUUCUCACUGUUUUUCAGGUAGAAAAGGACUUUAUUAAAGAAAUUACUGCCGCAACAUACUGCAAGCUAAGUUCGGAAGAGUUAUGCGAGGACUGGAACACCAUCAUGUACAACGGCAUUCGCUCGCAGGGCGGCCUUUCCAAAGGCGCUUUCAUCUACUCCAUCUACUUCGUCCUUCUCAUGAUUUUUGGCAACUGUAUCCUUCUUGCCUUUUAA